AAAGGCUGACGGGUUAGGUUUAGUAAAGUUCUGACCUGGUGCUGAGUGGUACUCUGGAUGAACGCGUGCAUCUGGUUAUAGAUGCGGGUGUAUGUUAGCAGACAAGGCUAGCCAGCCAGUCCAGCAGAUUAGCCCCUCUAACACAGAGGCUGAGCCUUUAGCACUGACAGCUAGCAGCUAACAGAUAGCAGCUAACAGCCAGCAGCUAGCAGCUAACAGCUAGCCUUGUAGCGCUCAGUCAGUGUGGAUGAAUGGGCUCUGGGCUCUGUUCGCUCCCCUGCCCCGCUCUGCGCUCCAUUACCGUCUCUGCUUGGAUUAGAUGGUUGUGAUUCGUCCAUGCUAGUGAGCUACCGUUAGCAGCUGGCCUAGUGGGGAACGCUCCUAAUGACUGGAGGGCUAACAAGUAACGCCCAGUUGUCCAUCUAACACCAUGGGAAAGAAGAGUCGAGUGAAGAUUCAGAAGUCGGGCUCAGGAGCCAGCACUGUGGUUUCCCCCAAGGAGAUGAUGAACCUCAUCUCUGAACUGCUGCAAAAAUGCAGCAGUGCAGCACCCUCUGCUGGUAAAGAGUGGGAGGAGCACAUCCAGAUCAGAGGCCUGGUGGAGAAGAUUCGCAAGAAACAGAAGGGUAUGUCGAUAGUGUUUGAGGGCAGCAGAGAGGACUACCUCCCAGACUUGAUGUCCUGGGCUCAGGAAAGCGGGGCCUCCUGUGACAGCUUCACAGUGACUAACUUUGGAACGGAGGGCUACGGCCUGCAGGCCACCAGAGACAUCAAGGCAGAGGAACUAUUCCUGUGGAUUCCCAGGAAGAUGCUAAUGACUGUGGAGUCGGCCCAGAACUCGGUACUGGGUCCUCUGUAUAGCCAGGACAGGAUCCUUCAGGCCAUGGGCAAUGUGACGCUGGCCUUCCACCUGCUGUGUGAGCGAGCCAACCCUGCUUCAUCCUGGUUGCCGUACAUCCGUAGUCUUCCUCAGGAGUACGAUACGCCACUUUUCUACCAACAGGAAGAGGUGCAGGUGCUGCUGGGCACGCAGGCGGUCCAGGACGUCCUGAGCCAGUAUAAAAACACUGCACGCCAGUACGCUUACUUCUACAAACUGAUACAGACUCAUCCCGCCGCCAGCAAACUGCCCCUGAAGGACAGCUUCACAUUUGAUGACUACAGGUGGGCAGUGUCCUCGGUGAUGACCCGCCAGAACCAGAUCCCUACAGAGGACGGCAGCCGGAUCACUCUGGCCCUAAUCCCCCUCUGGGACAUGUGUAACCACACAAAUGGACUGAUCACCACCGGCUACAACCUGGAGGAUGAUCGCUGUGAGUGUGUGGCACUGCAGGACUAUAAGGAGAACGAACAGAUCUACAUCUUCUACGGCACGAGAUCCAAUGCUGAGUUUGUCAUCCACAACGGCUUCUUCUUCCAAGACAACGCCCACGACCGAGUAAAGAUCAAGCUGGGCGUCAGUAAGAGCGAACGCCUCUACGCCAUGAAGGCCGAAGUGCUGGCAAGAGCUGGAAUCCCAGCGUCCUGUAUCUUUGCUCUGCACUGUAAUGAACCCCCCAUUUCAGCCCAGCUCCUAGCCUUCCUCAGAGUCUUCUGCAUGACAGAAGAGGAACUGAAGGACUACCUGCUUGGAGAUCGUGCCAUCAAUAAGAUCUUCACCCUGGGCAACAGCGAGUUCCCUGUCAGCUGGGAGAACGAGAUCAAGUUGUGGACUUUCCUAGAGACCCGAGCUGCUCUGCUGCUCAAGACCUACAAGACCACAUCACAGGAGGACUGCUCCAUGCUUGAGAAACCUGAUCUGUCUCUCCAUUCCCGCGUGGCGAUCCAGCUCCGCCUGGCCGAGAAGCAGAUCCUAGAGAAGGCGUCGGCCAGUGGACGGGCCAAACGUCUUCACUUCGAGGAGAAGCUGGAAGAGGGCGCUCCGUUGCCUCGGUACGAGGAAAGCGAUAUCGCUUUGCUGGAGAACACUGACACAGAUGCAAAGCUUCCUAUUAUCCUACGCAACCUGGAGGAGGUGGAAGAAGGCCAGGAGAUCCAGGUGGAGGAACACAGUCACCUCCUGAAUGGAGAGAAGGCUGUGUAUGGUAUGGAUAUGGAGGCUAACGGAGAGCCGGUGCAGGAGGAGACUCAGGAGAAGGUCAGCAAAGAUGUUAAUUCAGCUUUGGACUCGAUUGGAAGUUCAACCCAAAAGGGCCAAAGGGAAGUGGCCGACCUAAGUGCCAGUCGAACUGAAGAUAAUCCCAAAGAGAACAGUGACUAAAUUAAUUUCACUUACUGCCACAGCCCAUGCUAUUUAUUUAUUUUUGUGUCUGCUAAAUGACACAGAAAUAUAGAAGCUGAAAACAAAAUUGAAUUGAAAGUGGCAGAACCUUUCUGACUGGACGUUCAUCCAGCGUGGCUUUUCUUAGUUGUCCGCAGCUGAACCUGUUUUAAAUGCUGUCAGUGUGUCCCUCAGCCAUCUGCGCAGAACAGCUCUAAAAUUAGUUGUUUUUUUAAGUUUGAAACGUAGGUUUACAUCAUAACAGUUGGAGGCUUACGGCAUAGGAAGAAAGCAAAGGGGGACACCACAAACUGAUUCCAGCAAAUUGUUAGGUGAAGUGAAAAAAAAGAAAAUGGAGUUAGGUGAAUGUUAUUUCCACAAAGCCAAAAUGUCUCCCUAAUCUCGUGAAUUGCUUGAUUUAUUACUGCGGUUUGCCCCAUAUAUGUCCAGUAUGCUUUGAGUUGACAAUCAUACUCUCUAGUGCAUUUUGGGGUGUGCUACUGAGUUAAGACAUCACUGCCCUCUAGUCCUUGUUUUCUGGUUCAAAUCAUUUCAAGCAAAACAUCAAAUUAUUCGCCCAAGAGAACACUUGUUUUAAAUCGCUGGUCACUGUUAUGGUUUUGGUAUGACAGGUCAAAAUGGAAGAUGGUUUUUGCUUUCUUAAUGAAGAACUUUUUUUUUUUUUUUUUUUUACCAUCAAGUUGUACAUUUCCCGUCAUUACGUCGUUACGGCCCUUAUUAAGAAACAAUGAUUUUUGUUUUAUUGUGUUUUCAAACGUAUCUUUAUGAAUGUACUCCGUUUACAUUGCAGUAAUAAUUAUCUUCAGAUGUCUCCAAAAGGAGUGCUGAGUGACCCAGUGAUCACUGAGAAAGCCAUACGCACCACUGAGGACUCAAUGAGACAGAAGACGAUGACAUUAUGUGAGUUCUCCUGUUGGGAGCUUUUUGCUCCACUGAUUUUCAACAUGACACUUUUUGUAUGAAAACCACGGAAGCGCCGUCAGCACGGUUCUUACACUCUUUAGCUUGUGUUGACUGUAGGGGUGGGCCCCAAUAACUCUGUGCACUGAUACAAAGAGCCACUACUGACCGAGUCCCUGAUAGUCAAUACUACAAUCAUUUGGCCAAGAUUCUUAUCAGUUACAACAUUUGACCUUAUUGUGGUUGUGGGUACUUCCAGUUUAACCCAUUUACCUGAACUACCUAUUUGGUCGUGAAAAAGUGAAGUGAAAUUCAAACAUCAUAACCUAAAAUGUCCAUUAACACACUCAUGACUUUGUGUAGCUACUUUGUGCUUCAACUCUACUACAGUAAAGGACUUUACACACCGGGAGCGUGACGAAUAAACAACAUGAAAAUGUGUUAUACUCGCCUGCGAAUAUCAUAUGUCUAGGGCUUUUAUUGUGAAAGGUAAGAACGGAAGGAGUGGAUCUGGUCAGAGCUGCUUUUGUCAAGCUUGAAAGUAAUAAUAAAGUUUGUAAUGGAUCGGACUACGGAGCCUCCAUGUUGUUGUUCUAGAAAUAUCGGCAUAACUCAACCCGUUCCGCACAUCGUGUUUGCCUUUAUUGGCUAUGCUAAAGCACCGAAAAUCAACCUUGUUCUGGAAAAAAAAUGAUGAGGCUUUUUUGUGUUGUAAUAUUCACGUUCUGUGUGAAAGUACUCAUGACAAAAAGAACAGUUCGAAAAAAUAUAUUGAUGUGCAGAUUAAUCGCACGAAAAAAGCGCUGCCCGUGUGUAAAGGCCUUGAUGCAGGGACAGAGGGGUUUAUGGUGGAACUGGAUGUGCCUCAAUAGCAGAACAACAACAGUUGCAAUGGCCACUAUAUCAAUCAUUGAUAAAGUUCAGCAAAAUCUCAAGUCAAGGUCCACCCACAAGUUGUUGUUUUUUUGAGCUUAUAACCACAUUUCACGGUCUCAAUGGGAACAUGUAGUUGUUGGUUAAGGUGUCAUCACGUAACCUGGGUCAGGUGAUAACAGAUGGUUGUAUAUAGGGCUGCCCCCUAAACGUCCAUGAUCCUAAUCAUCAGUUGAGAAGCCCCCCGAGUCCACUCGCAUUUAAUCCAAUCACUUUUUGUUUAGUGGCGUCAUUGUUGACGGAGCAACGCGGCAACACAGCAUGGCAGACUGUAAACUUUGACAGAGUUUUGUCUCAACGUGACUUAGAUACAAAGCUGUGAUGGACGCAGAGAGGGGUGAUGGAAGCGUUUCUGGUUGCUGCUCUGACGCUCUCAGCUCCUGCGCUGGAUGCAGCCAGGUCAGCUAAAUGACCUCUGAACCAGACGCUGGUUCAUGCUGCUCUUCUGCUGCCGUCCAGUGUGACUGAGUGAGUUCUGCUGACUGAGCUGUCGGCAGCCAAUCAGGAGAGACGCACACUUUUUAUUUCUUUGACUGUGUUGAGAUACGAUGUUCUUGCGGUACAGAUGAUCAACACAGGCAUUCAAAUAAGAGUGGUACUGUUAAAACAUGAGAUUCAUGUAGGCUGAUGUAGGAGUUUAUUGUGGAACUGUACUGUAAGUGGGCAGAGGCCAUAAAUGAUAUAUUUCGGAGACUUAUAUGUAAGGUGUAUUGGAUAAGAACAAUCUAAUAAUAUAUAAAGUAUAUAUAAAUUGUCACCUGAGUCUGUGUCGGCCUGAAGUGCAGACUCUCAUUCUGACUCUGGCAGGUCUCAGUCGUAUAUGGGGGAGAAGUCGUAACGUCUUCUGCAUUGGAUGUCCUCCAUCUUUCUCCCGACGUCCACUAACUCCAUGACUUUGACCCCUUCCCAGUCCUCUUACCAAUCAGGGUCAAAGUCAGUGGACGUCUGGAGAAAGAUCAAUCCCAUCUGACACCAGAGGUUACCAUCUCCAACCAUAUGCAACCACCUCGUAUCAUGCCAGUGCCAUAUUUACUGUAGGUCACAUGAUGACAUCUAAACCAACUUUAGGAAAACUGACCAAACUCCAUUUACUGAUGAAGACCGUGAGAUGUGGUUGAAAGCCCCAGAAAACACUAUUAAGUGUAGUUUAGUUCAGAUUAUCUUGACAAACGACUGUUCUCAAAGUUAAGAAUGAGCUUUAAUGCUCCCGACUGAUACUCUGGUAAAUACUGCACAACCACAGUAGAAUAAACAUGUUUCACUCUAGUUUCCUUCAAGUUGAACUGGAGUUCAAUAGUUCAAUAGUUAAAUAGGAAGUACGGAGGCCAAACUCACACCAGGAAUUAGCUCUGGUACAAAAUGGGCUAUCUUUCCUGGUUAUGCCCUCCUCUUAUCUUAAAGGCGACAUAUCAUGAAAAACCUACUUGUUCAGUGCUUGUGUUCAUCCAUCUGGAUAUCUGGAGUUCCUACCAACCCACGAACUGUGAAAUAAGACGACCCAGUCACUUUUUGUGGGCUGCCGAGAUCAGAAAACGGGAUUUAACACGCCGUUCAGAUUUGGCUCCCGUUCACAUGGAGGCUCGUUAGAAUGAGUAUCUCUACCUACAGCUUGACAACUACCUUUACAAAGGUGCACCAUAUUUUUCUCACAAGCCAAUCAGAGCAGACUGGGCAUUUUCAGGAGGGGGGGGGCUUAAAGAGACAUGCGCUAAAACGGAGCGUUUCAGACGGAGAGUGAAUACAGGUAUAUUCAGUAUGAGAAAAAAAUGUAAAAGUGAUUUUUGAACAUUACAACAUGUAAACAUGUUUCUAGUAGAGACCCAAAAUACAAGUAUGGACCUGAAAAUGAGCAUGAUAUGUCCCCUUUAAGUAAUUCCUUAGAUAAAUAGGUUAAAUGUGCCUUGUUGUCCACUAUCUCUACAGUGGAGCAGGUGGGUAAUACGUUAUCGCUGAAAGAAAUGAUAGCCAAAACUAUGAAAAUAAGACAGAAGACUUUCCUAAUUCCACACUUAGUGGGGGAGAAAGGGGACAGUUGUAUUCCUCCAAUCAGAAACAAGCUGUGAUGACACUGACUCUGCAUACAUAUAUGCCCUGUUAGGUUGUCUUUCUGCUUUCAAAUGACAGAAUAAGUCUGCAGAAACGGCUUUAAGGCAGUCUAUUUGCAUUUUUCCUUCAUCUUGCUUGUGCGCAUCUUGCAAAUAUCAAACCGUGACAGAAGCUUGUUUGCAAAUGAUUGACAGCUUCUUGUUCUCAAUGAUCAAUUACCUUUAUCGGCUCAAGUAGUCAUUUUCUGUUUUAUAGACUGAAUGGGAAUGAAUACACCCAACACAUUUAGCAGAGUCUAUUUAAAUGUAUUUUUAAUUACAGCAAAAUUAACAUUUAAAAGAUUUUUGUUAAUUAAAAAGAAAUUAAAAAAAACUUGCAGUAGAGUCAUUCUUUGAGAGUGUGAAGAGGUUUAUCUUUCUUUUUAUUUUGAUAAUUAAUAACAUUUAUCUACACUGGUUAAAUUCAUUUCAUUUUAAAAUCUUGCUUUGUUAAAUGUUCUAAUUUAGGUUUUACAUCUUUUGACACAAUACGGCGAUCAGUUUGGUAACCUGUUUGCGAUCAAUUUCAAUAUUUACAUACAAUAUUACAGUUAUAGACAUACUUACAGAACAUUUUAAGAAAAUACAGUACACUUAUUCUCUGUAUAUCUGAGAGUGAGACAAAUCCAUUGAUAUGAAUCUCCUGCCUGUGCAUGAAGUCAGGAGAGAAACCACCUCCAGAGCUCACUAAUUCACACGCUGUAACUUGUUUGUUGGAUCUGUACUAACUAGUUUUCAUUACCAAUUCUCUGCCAAUAUCAGAAAAUAGUGAACAAUUCCAUCAGUCUCCCAGAGCUCAAGGUAAUGUCUACAAAUUGCUCUUGUUUAGUUUUUUUACCUAAAUUCUAAAGAUAUUCAUUUUACUAUAAAAGACUAAGAAAACCAAUGUUGAAUGUCAAAAAUUGCUUAAGUGGUUAAUCGAUUAUCAAUAACUUUACCGAUUCAUUUUAUGUUGAUCGACUUAUCAAUCAAUCAACAAUAGUCUCAUACGAAAUGGGAAUUUUGGUUUUAGGGGGAGUUACGUGGUGGAAUCUAGCCUAGCUUUUUGCUAAGCUAGGCUAGUCACCUCCUGGUUCCAGGUCUAUACUUCUAGUGCAUAAACAGGAGAGCGGUAUUGAUCUUCACAUCUAAUUCUUAAUAAGGAAGUAAAUAAGUGCACACAGUGUUGAACUGUUUCUUUAAAGUUAUAGCAUGACCCCUCGGUAGUUCUGCUCCACAUGGUUUUGGAACUUCUCGACAAAUUGAAAUAAAGCGUUACAACUGUCCCUGGUCUCCCCUACUUGAUAUUUGCUCUCGCUGGAUUUUUAUAUUACUUUUGACACAUUUCAGCUCGUUAUCUGCUCUGACUGUCAGUGAACCUUGACUUUGGCCUGGUAAUUUCGACUCAACCACGUAUAUUGUGAGUUGGGCUCACAGUGGUGGUAGUGAAUAAUCACUGCCACGGUGUUCCCUCUCCAAGUGGUAUGACCAAAACUAGGAUCCGUUUACCUUAGGUCAGAUGUUUAUGACCUCUUUGUACCGCAUGAUGCUCUUGUUUGGUAUCACGUUUGAUGUGUCACUUGUCUUUCUGUGACUCUAGCACUUUUCCAUCACAAAUCUCUAUUUUUUAUGCAAUCAUGUAAUUUUAACAACCUUAUUGGAAACAUCUAGUUUGUUUGCUGCUUUUCUAAAAACCUCUGUACCAUUGUGUGUGCGUGUGCGUGUGCGUGUGCGUGUGCGUGUGCGUGUGCGUGUGCGUGUGUGUGUGUGUGCGCGCGCGUGCGAGCGUGCGUGCGAGCGUGCAUGCUCCUAGCUUUAACCAUAGACUCAACAAGUCCUGGGCGGGUACGUUGCUAUCCAGCUGAACCACACUCCUCACCAUUUCACCGUAUGCAGUAGUUGUGGGUUGAAGACCUGGAGUGUACAGUAACGGUAGAGCUGAUGAGGAAACUUGUCCUGAAGCUGUCAGAUUAAACUUCAUCUCACUUCUCA